AAAACUUGUGUAUUAGAUCAGAUUUUUUCUAGCCACCAUAUUUUUGCGCUUGAAAGACCAUCCUAUUUUUCAAACACAAGCUACUUGAGCAUGAAACCUUAGUUACAUCGAAAUGUGAAGUCCUACCUGAUAUUCUGCUAUACAAUAUUGACGCACUGACGUAAUUAUCCAUUUUUAGAAUCUAAAUAAAUGAUCGUUGGACGCUGCUUAUUCAGAUGCUUCUCCUUUAUUUUCCCUUCUCAGUUUGAGGAAAUGUACAAAAGUAGCUGAAAUGAUUCAUAUUUAAAAACACCUGCUCCUUGUGAACACUUCUUCAUUACGUGAUUCUAUGAGUGAUUUCUGUUUUUGUCAUAUAAUUCACCAGAUCUGCUUUUUGUUCAUCAAACGCAAACGUAAGAAUGUGUCUCAUUUUUCAGCAUUUUAACCUUUAAUUAUUGUUAGCCUUGCCAUUGGCAAGUUCUAUUCAAAAAAUUGUUAUGUUUUUCUAAGUUUUAUUUGAAAUGAAAACAAAAACUACUGAAGCGACGGCCCAACCAAAAGCGGAGCAAACUGAAAGUGGAAAUACGAGCCUUGUUGAAAAAGGAGCAUCUGUGAAGCGGAAGAACAAAAAAGUGUUCAUAGCUUACUUCUACUGGCUACUAGGAGGCGUAGCUGGUCUUCAUCAUUUCUACCUGGGGCGAAUCAAUCAAGGCUUCGCAUAUUGGACUACAGGAGGUGGUUUCCUAGCGGCGUUUAUCCGAGAUUUCUGGAAAAUUCCAGAGUAUGUCAAACAGGCCAAUUUGGAUCCGGUAUUUGUAAAACGCCUGAUGAUUGAAAUGAAGCAAUACAAGCAACCCGAGUUUAGAGGAUCUCGGUUCCUGGCAAUGUUGACUGUCAGUAUGUUUUACGGAUACUUGGCGCAGUUUUCAGUUCCAGAGAAUUGCUUCGGCUGGAAAAUGAACGAGCAUCGUUUUAUUUGGAUUAUAGUAGUCCCGGUUUCGAUUGCUUUCGGAAAUUAUUUAGUCGGAAAUAUUGGAUACGAACGUAUAUCGUUGCAUUGGGCGUUGAUGGGUGGUUUUGCACCAUCUCUGUUUCUGCCUUUGAACCCUGAUAUGACAAGCUACUGUGCAUUGUUUUCAACAGUGUUGAGCUACUGGAAACGCUCUUACAGAAAAUCAGUCAUUCCAAAAGAUCCUUCUCUUCUCAAGCUGGUGGCAGUUGUUUUGGGAAUAGUAUUCUAUACGUGUUUAUGGGGCUCUAUGCUGUACCAUAAUGUGAGUGUAGUUACGAAAGAAGGGGAACGUAUAUAUCUUAGAGACAUAGUUGCUGAUUAUUUCGACCGAGAAUCACCGAAUAAAAACAAAACUGAAGAUUUCAGUUAUUGGAGGAUUUUGAGUGAAAUGCGUGCGGAUUUGAUGAAGUUUUUAAAUGAGAUAAAAACGCAAGCGAGGAGUUUCAGAAUUAUGGAAGAUACCCAGUCGUAUAUGAUUCUGGGUCUGGACUGGGGGGCUAGUGAAGACGAGAUAAUAGCUAGAUACAGAGAACUGGCUAAGAAGUACCACCCAGAUAAACACGGAGGAGAAGAUAGGGAGAAGUUGGCAGAGUAUAAUUCUAGAAUGGUGGAUAUCACGAGAGCGUACGAGGCGCUGACGAAGAAACGAAAGCGACGAGCGAGAAAGGCGGCGGCGGCAACGACUGAUAACGAGUCAAGUGGAAACAAGAGAACUGAUAGUGCUCAGAGCGAUGGAAACAAUGGUCAGGAGACGAAGCAAGAAACUCAAUAUGAUAUUCUCAAGGAUGAGCUGUAAGGAUUACCAGAAAAUUGAAACUUGUUCAAUAAAAACUGUUCAUAUAAGUGCAUUAUAGACUGUAUAAAUUUAAUAAGUGUUGUUAAUAAUUUGUAUAACUAUUGUAUUUACUAGUUUUUUAGAAAAGAAGUUCAAUCUUCAAAAAUUGUUUUAAAUUUUAGAUUUUAGUGCAAUAAGAUGUCAGCAAACGAAAUCUCAAAGUUAAGUAAUCGGUG